UUGUCCACUGUCUUCUACGUCUUCUUAUUAUUAUUGUCCACUGUCUUCUACGUCUUCCUCCUCUUACUUUCCACUGUCUUCUACGUCUUCCUCUUCUCAUUUUGCACUGUCUUCUACGUCUUCCUCUUCUUAUUUGCCACUGUCUUCUACGUCUUCCUCUUCUUAUUGUCCACUGUCUUCUACGUCUUAUUAUUAUUAUUGUCCACUGUCUACUACGCCUUCCUCUUCUUAUUUCCCACUGUCUUCUAUGUCUUCCUGUUUUUAUUUUGCACUGUCUUCUACGUCUUCGUCUUCUUGUUUGCCACUGUCUUCUACGUCUUCCUCUUCUUAUUGUCCACUGUCUUCUACGUCUUCUUAUUAUUAUUGUCCACUGUCUUCUACGCCUUCCUCUUCUCAUUGUCCACUGUCUUCUACGUCUUAUUAUUAUUAUUGUCCACUGUCUUCUACGUCUUCCUCUUCUUAUUUUCCAUUGUCUUCUACGUCUUCCUCUUCUUAUUUUCCACUGUCUUCUACGUCUUCCUCUUCUUAUUGUCCACUGUCUACUACGUCUUCCUCUUCUUAUUGUCCACUGUCUUCUACGUCUUAUUAUUAUUAUUGUCCACUGUCUUCUACGUCUUCCUCUUCUUAUUGUCCACUGUCUUCUACCUCUUAUUAUUAUUAUUGUCCACUGUCUUCUACGUCUCCCUCCUCUUAUUUUCCACUGUCUUCUACGUCUUCCUCUUCUUAUUGUCCACUGUCUUCUAUGUCUUCCUCUUCUUAUUUUGCACUGUCUUCUACGUCUUCCUCUUCUUAUUUCCCACUGUCUUCUAUGUCUUCCUGUUUUUAUUUUGCACUGACUUCUACGUCUUCGUCUUCUUGUUUGCCACUGUCUUCUACGUCUUCCUCUUCUUAUUGUCCACUGUCUCCUACGUCUUCUUAUUAUUAUUGUCCACUGUCUUCUACGUCUUCCUCUUCUCAUUGUCCACUGUCUUCUACGUCUUAUUAUUAUUAUUGUCCACUGUCUUCUACGUUUUCCUCCUCUUAUUUUCCACUGUCUUCUACGUCUUCCUCUUCUUAUUGUCCACUGUCUACUACGCCUUCCUCUUCUUAUUGUCCACUGUCUUCUACGUCUUCCUCUUCUUAUUGUCCACUGUCUUCUACGUCUUAUUAUUAUUAUUGUCCACUGUCUUCUACGUCUCCCUCCUCGUAUUUUCCACUGUCUUCUACGUCUUCCUCUUCUUAUUGUCCACUGUCUUCUAUGUCUUCCUCUUCUUAUUGUCCACUGUCUUCUACGUCUUAUUAUUAUUAUUGUCCACUGUCUUCUACGUCUCCCUCCUCUUAUUUUCCACUGUCUUCUACGUCUUCCUCUUCUUAUUGUCCACUGUCUUCUACGUCUUCCUCUUCUUAUUGUCCACUGUCUUCUACGUCUUCCUCUUCUUAUUGUCCACUGUCUACUACGCCUUCCUCUUCUUAUUGUCCACUGUCUUCUACGUCUUCCUCUUCUUAUUGUCCACUGUCUUCUACGUCUUAUUAUUAUUAUUGUCCACUGUCUUUACGUCUCCUCCUCUUAUUUUCCACUGUCUUCUACGUCUUCCUCUUCUUAUUGUCCACUGUCUUCUAUGUCUUCCUCUUCUUAUUGUCCACUGUCUACUACGCCUUCCUCUUCUUAUUGUCCACUGUCUUUCGUCUUCCUCUUCUUAUUGUCCACUGUCUUCUACGUCUUAUUAUUAUUAUUGUCCACUGUCUUCUACGUCUCCCCUCCUCUUAUUGUCCACUGUCUACUACGCCUUCCUCUUCUUAUUGUCCACUGUCUUCUACGUCUUCCUCUUCUUAUUGUCCACUGUCUUCUACGUCUUAUUAUUAUUAUUGUCCACUGUCUUCUACGUCUCCCUCCUCUUAUUGUCCACUGUCUACUACGCCUUCCUCCUCUUAUUGUCCACUGUCUUCUACGUCUUCCUCUUCUUAUUGUCCACUGUCUUUCGUCUUAUUAUUAUUAUAGUCCACUGUCUUCUACGUCUCCCUCCUCUUAUUUUCCACUGUCUUCUACGUCUUCUUCUUCUUAUUGUCCACUGUCUUCUAUGUCUUCCUCUUCUUAUUGUCCCUGUCUACGCCUUCCUCUUCUUAUUGUCCACUGUCUUCUACGUCUUCCUCUUCUUAUUGUCCACUGUCUUCUACGUCUUAUUAUUAUUAUUGUCCACUGUCUUCUACGUCUCCCUCCUCUUAUUGUCCACUGUCUACUACGCCUUCCUCUUCUUAUUGUCCACUGUCUUCUACGUCUUCCUCUUCUUAUUGUCCACUGUCUUCUACGUCUUAUUAUUAUUAUUGUCCACUGUCUUCUACGUCUCCCUCCUCUUAUUGUCCACUGUCUACUACGCCUUCCUCUUCUUAUUGUCCACCGUCUUCUACGUCUUCCUCUUCUUAUUGUCCACUGUCUUCUACGUCUUAUUAUUAUUAUUGUCCACUGUCUUCUACGUCUCCCUCCUCUUAUUUUCCACUGUCUUCUACGUCUUCCUCUUCUUAUUGUCCACUGUCUUCUAUGUCUUCCUCUUCUUAUUUUGCACUGUCUUCUACGUCUUCCUCUUCUUAUUUGCCACUGUCUUCUACGUCUUCCUCUUCUUAUUGUCCACUGUCUUCUACGUCUUAUUAUUAUUAUUGUCCACUGUCUUCUACGUUUUCCUCCUCUUAUUUUCCACUGUCUUCUACGUCUUCCUCUUCUUAUUGUCCACUGUCUACUACGCCUUCCUCUUCUUAUUGUCCACUGUCUUCUACGUCUUCCUCUUCUUAUUGUCCACUGUCUUCUACGUCUUAUUAUUAUUAUUGUCCACUGUCUUCUACGUCUUCCUCUUCUUAUUUUCCAUUGUCUUCUACGUCUUCCUCUUCUUAUUGUCCACUGUCUUCUACGUCUUAUUAUUAUUAUUGUCCACUGUCUUCUACGUCUUCCUCUUCUUAUUGUCCACUGUCUUCUACGUCUUAUUAUUAUUAUUGUCCACUGUCUUCUACGUCUUCCUCUUCUUAUUGUCCACUGUCUUCUAUGUCUUCCUCUUCUUAUUUUGCACUGUCUUCUACGUCCUUCUCUUCUUAUUGUCCACUGUUAUCUACGUCUUCCUCUUCUUAUUGUCCACUGUUUUCUACGUCUUAUUAUUAUUAUUUUCCACUGUCUUCUACGUCUUCCUCCUCUUAUUGUCCACUGUCUUCUACGUCUUCCUCUUCUUAUUGUCCACUGUCUUCUACGUCUUCCUCUUCUUAUUGUCCACUGUCUUCUACGUCUUAUUAUUAUUAUUGUCCACUGUCUUCUACGUCUUCCUCCUCUUAUUUUCCAUUGUCUUCUACGUCUUCCUCUUCUUAUUGUCCUGUCUACUACGCCUUCCUCUUCUUAUUGUCCCUGUCUUCUACGUCUUCCUCUUCUUAUUGUCCCUGUCUUCUACGUCUUAUUAUUAUUAUUGUCCACUGUCUUCUACGUCUUCCUCUUCUUAUUUUCCAUUGUCUUCUCGUCUUCCUCUUCUUAUUGUCCACUGUCUUCUACGUCUUAUUAUUAUUAUUGUCCACUGUCUUCUACGUCUUCCUCUUCUUAUUGUCCACUGUCUUCUACGUCUUAUUAUUAUUAUUGUCCACUGUCUUCUACGUCUCCCUCCUCUUAUUUUCCCUGUCUUCUACGUCUUCCUCUUCUUAUUGUCCACUGUCUUCUAUGUCUUCCUCUUCUUAUUUUGCACUGUCUUCUACGUCUUCCUCUUCUUAUUUGCCCUGUCUUUCGUCUUCCUCUUCUUAUUGUCCACUGUCUUCUACGUCUUAUUAUUAUUAUUGUCCACUGUCUUCUACGUCUCCCUCCUCUUAUUUUCCACUGUCUUCUACGUCUUCCUCUUCUUAUUGUCCACUGUCUUCUAUGUCUUCUUCUUCUUACUUUGCACUGUCUUCUACGUCUUCCUCUUCUUAUUUGCCACUGUCUUCUACGUCUUCCUCUUCUUAUUGUCCACUGUCUUCUACGUCUUAUUAUUAUUAUUGUCCACUGUCUUCUACGUCUUCCUCCUCUUAUUUUCCACUGUCUUCGUCUUCCUCUUCUUAUUGUCCUGUCUACUACGCCUUCCUCUUCUUAUUUCCCACUGUCUUCUAUGUCUUCCUGUUUUAUUUUCCACUGUCUACUACGCCUUCCUCUUCUUAUUUCCACUGUCUUCUAUGUCUUCCUGUUUUAUUUUGCACUGUCUUUCGUCUUCCUCUUCUUAUUUGCCACUGUCUUCGUCUUCCUCUUCUUAUUGUCCCUGUCUUCUACGUCUAUUUAUUAUUAUUGUCCACUGUCUUCUACGUCUUCCUCCUCUUAUUUUCCACUGUCUUCUCGUCUUCCUCUUCUUAUUGUCCCUGUCUACUACGCCUUCCUCUUCUUAUUUCCCUGUCUUUCGUCUUCCUCUUCUUAUUGUCCACUGUCUUCUACGUCUUAUUAUUAUUAUUGUCCACUGUCUUCUACGUCUUCCUCUUCUUAUUGUCCACUGUCUUCUACGUCUUCUUCUUAUUAUUGUCCACUGUCUUCUACGUCUUCUUAUUAUUAUUGUCCACUGUCUUCUACGUCUUCCUCCUCUUAUUUUCCACUGUCUUCUAUGUCUUCCUCUUUUUAUUUUGAACUGUCUUCUACGUCUUCCUCUUCUUGUUUGCCACUGUCUACUACGUCUUCUUCUUCUUAUUGUCCACUGUCUUCUAAGUCUUCUUAUUAUUAUUGUCCACUGUCUUCUACGUCUUCUUAUUAUUAUUGUCCACUGUCUUCUACGUCUCCCUCCUCUUAUUUUCCACUGUCUUCUACGUCUUCCUCUUCUUAUUUCCCACUGUCUUCUAUGUCUUCCUGUUUUUCUUUUCCACUGUCUUCUACGUCUUCCUCUUCUUAUUUGCCACUGUCUUCUACGUCUUCCUCUUCUUAUUGUCCACGGUCUUCUACGUCUUAUUAUUAUUAUUGUCCACUGUCUUCUACGUCUUCCUCUUCUUAUUGUCCACUGUCUUCUACGUCUUCUUAUUAUUAUUGUCCACUGUCUUCUACGUCUUCUUCUUAUUAUUGUCCACUGUCUUCUACGUCUUCCUCUUCUUAUUUUGCACUUUUUCCUUCUUCUUCCCUUUGUGAUUUCUUCGUCUUCUUGGUUUGUUUCUUUCUAUGUUUCUUCCUAUUGUCCAUUAUCUUAUUUUUGUUGUCUUCAAUUUACCAUUUUAAUUAGCAGCUAUUUCAAUUCCUCCAUCCCGAACUUUAUUUCCUCUCCACAUCACCUUUCACUCCUUCAUUCAAUGACAUUGGUUCUCUUCUUAUCGUUUUCUGAAUCUCUCUCUUUCACUACUUUGUCUUUAUCUCUCAUCUUCCUAUUUUGUAUUCUCCGUAAAAAUAUGAUUGCAUUAAACCAUCACCCCCUUCCUCCUCCAACGAUUCUUCCAUCCAUAUUCUGUUGCUUUUGUUUCUUCCUUGGUCUUUUGUCAUUUCUUUUACUUUUUCAUUCUUCUUCUUCUUCUUUUCUUUUUCUUCUUCUUCUUUUUUCUUUCUUUCUUUCUUAA